AGUGUUUCAUGCUUCAAUUUUUCCCGUGAUUAUUUGACAUUACUUUUUUGUUUUCCUAUACUUUAUCGAAUACUGUCAUCGCAUAAUCACAGAAAAAUAGUUAACAGCAGGUUUGGAUUGGAAAAUUUGGCUCACGUCGUUUCAGGAUGGGCAAUUACAUGUCUCUGUAUUUAACCAAUCCGGAAGCUACUCCCAAACCACUUACGACAUCUUCCUUUGAUCCAAACUUUGGCUUUGCUAAUGGGCGCAAAGAAAGAGUUAUGAUCGCUACUGAGGAAGAAAUGAAUGCUGCUAAAGUUCCAUUGAAAGAUCGGGAUUAUUGUGCUCACAAGUUGAUCGCCUAUAUGGCUUGUCGUGCCGAUGUAUGGCCAUGGGCGUAUAAGUGUGCUCAUGAUAAACACGAAUAUCUGAACUGUCAAUACGAGGACUAUAUCUACCGAAUGAAGGAAUAUGAGCGAGAGAAGCGACUUUUGCUCAGGAAGCAAAGAAUUGAGAAGAAACAGGCUCAAGAACUUCACGCCUAACACUAUGAAUUUUCUUUGAAUUUGAUCUUUCUGUAUAGUUUCAAAUAAAUUACGUUAGACGUGACAUUUA